CAACUUUUUCAGACAUAAAGACAGAGACAGACAGAAAAAGAUAAUAGUACCACAGCUUUCUCCAGUACAGUGGAGUCUGGAGUCAGAACUUCUGGACUGUACCCAUGACAAAGCAUGUGCUCUUUGGGUCCUCAAAUGAUUUUCUUUACCUAAGACAAUCUGUAAUGUAAGUGAAAAGAUACCUCUUUCUUUUUUUGUAGACUCAUUACUUACAAACAUGCUUUAUCUAAGGGCUGCUUUUCGAUACACCCAGAGGGUAUUUCAAUCUCGACCCUUCUGUUGUGAGCCGUUAAUUAGUCAAAUGACUAAAUGUAGAGACAAAGAACAAUUAUUUGAUCUUGUUGCAAAAAACAAAGCCAUACUUUCAGAAAAGCAAGUGGAAUGUGCACUUACUGUGCUUUGGGAUCUGCGAAAGCUGAAAAGCUAUACACCUCAAGAUAUUCAGUAUAUCAGAAAUCAUCCUCAGUAUCUUACUCUUCAAAGCUUAACUGCAGAGAAAAUGAAAUUCAUGAACGAUGAAACCUUGGUAAAUGUGUUAAAUGUCAUACAACGGUUUGCUGUUGAGGUCCAUGACCCUCUGCUUGAAGUACUAAUUCCAGAAGCAUGGAAAAGACUGGGAAGGUUUGACUUCAGAGUGCUGUCAAGAUUUUCCUCUUGUCUAGGAGAUCAACAUUUAGAGUUUAGUCCAUUAAUGGGGGAAAUAGCUGACAUUGUAAAUAGGAACCUGGAAACUAUACAGGACAUAAGGGUCUUGUCUCUUUUGAUGGUGAACAUAUCUGCUUUAAUAUCACGAAGCUUUCAAGAACGAUUAUUGAAAAAAUCAGAAGUUCUUUUUGACACCGCAGAUUCUUCUUAUCUCAGUGCUGCAAAAAGAAUAGUGCAAUUUCUUCGAAAGAUUAAAUGUAGUCAUUACCCACUAUUAGUAAGGUGUAAUAACUUAUUUCUAGUCAGUGUGGACUAUCUUGAUUUGGCAUCCAUUAAUAAAAUAUUUAGUCUAUACUACACUCUACAGUUUUAUAGUUUUGAAUUUAACAUAGUAAUGAAAAGGAAACUUACUGAAAUGAUUCCUCUGUGUGACCCAACUGCCAGCGUAACAUUAUUUGUAGCACUGGCAAGCGUGGCACAACCUGGAGACAAAAAAAGACUUGAAUCAACUAUCUUACCGAUAUCAGAGGACCUAACAAGUCAGCAAGCCCUGGCAGUGUUUGAAGCAAUGGGGAAUAUGAGGAGCAGAAAUAUACACCUGAUUGAAAAAAUUGUUUCAACUCUGAAUAAACAUUUGGAUAGCUACGAACCAAUAGAGUUGUUGAAGAUAGUUCGAAUAUUGACUUCUCUACAUAUUCAAAAUAAAGAACUUUUUGUGAAACUCAGAGAAUUACUGCUUAGAUAUUUGAAAACCAGCAAUAUACUUGUUGACAUCCGCAGCCUAGUCUGUGCUGUUUCCAUGCUUCCUUCUCACCUAGAUGACACGGUGAUAGCUCGAAUUGAAUCAGUUUUACCACAGUGUAACUUAUUUGACAUAAAUGUUUUGAUCACAUCUGUUUCAAGAUGGAUUCAAAAUGAUCACAUGUGCUUAGAUAGUACUACUGGGAAACAACUGAAACUACUUCAAAAAUUAGAUUAUUAUGGUAAUCAGAAAAUACAAAAUUGGAACAACUUGUUUUUGCAUUCAGAAGAACUUAGAGCCCUAAGAAGAGACUGCUUUGCUGAAUCCUUUCUUGAGCGAAUUGUCGCUACUUUACAGUGUUUGGUGCAUGAAAUUAAUUAUACAAAUGUUGUGGGGAUUGCAUCAUUUAUAUCCAGAACUAACUAUCUUAGCACUUUGCUACUGGAUAAGGUAGCCUCGGUGGUCACUCAACAUAUUGAAAAGAUCCAUCCUUUCCAGCUGCUUGCUGUUCUUCUUCCAUUCAGCUCCUUGAACUAUGACCCACCUCAAAGGGAGGAAUUUUUUACAACUUACAUUGAAUACCUUAACUCUCAUUUAGGUACACUGGAUCCUCAUGUACUAGUGCAUCAUGCUUAUUCCUUGGCUACACUUGGAUAUUUCCCAGAAGAUCUGCUAAUGGCAAUUUUUAAUAUCAAAUUCUUAGCCAAGCUGAAUUCUCAAGUUGGAAUUUUAUCGCCAUCUUCAAAGAACAGAAUCCGGUUAUGUGUUAUGGCGCUAAAUAGAGCAGUCUGCUUGGAAAGCCCUGAGUAUCAGAUACCAUGGUUUCAUGACCGCUUCUGUCAACAAAAGUCUAAUAAAGGUUUUGUCAAGAUGAACCAAAUACAGCAGCAGAUAUAUAAAAUGUUGUCAGAGGUAUUAGGAGAAACCAAUUGUGUGAAAUUUUUGCCUACAACACCUUAUUACCUCAAUAUAGAUUUUGAGUGUAUCUUAGAUAAGAGAAAAAAGCCAAUUCCAUAUGGAAGCCAUAAUAUAACUUUUGGAAAACUACCAGAAAUGCAUGGGGAAUCCAAUUCCCAGUUAGUUGAUUCAAGGCUGCCACCAGAUGCUCAAAGAAUUGCUUUCCAGUUUUUGGAUUCCAAAGCUUUUUGUGUAAACACCCCUCACGUAAAAGGACAAUCUGCUAUGAAUAAACGACAUUUAGAAAUUUUGGGCUAUAAAGUUAUUCAGAUCCCUCAUUUUGAAUGGAAUUCUAUGGCAUUGUCAACAGAGGAGGCAUGGAAGAACUACCUAAGAGAUUGUAUAUUUGGGGAAAUGAAAUCAUGAUUGUAGUUUUUUUUAAUUAAAAAUCUAAUUUGAAAUUA